UGAGGCAGUCGAGAGUCAACGGCCAACAUGGCUUCAACGUGGUUAAACGUCCGAGGACUGUUUAUCCUACUGGGGUCCCUGCUGUCCAUCGUAAGCUUUAAUAAUAUAGCGGCCAUGCCUAUGCCUAUGAUUGCGCCGUUCCAAGUUGUCAACCUCCACGAAGAUAAUGUUGCACAGACCACACUGGCAUUGAUCAAUUGUACAGAUAUAUUCAACACACCCUCCAACACAUGUGGCACGUGUAACCUGGUCGACAUCACCAACGACGGCACCGUAUUCUUCAACGGUGUCAACAACAACAAUAACUUCUUCAACGGUGGACCUUUUGAUGUGUUCAGAAUAAGUAAUAAUUUUCUGAACAAUGUUAACAAUUUCUUCGUCGUGUACGUCCCCAACCAAGGACAGAACCUGGACUACAGCCUCAUCAGAACCUACAGAAUCGAGGUCCAAUGUGUCGCCAAUGACGCCAUCACUACGAGUGCGUCUCAGAUACUGGAGGUUGACAUCAUCCCCAACCAGGCUCCCAUCGUGGCCGGCCUUCCAGGAGUGACGGUGACCCUAGACGCCAGGAACGGGCCUGUGGGGAGUCUUGUGUUCGAUGUUCAAGUGACCGACAACGAGACAGAUCCCAUUUCAUAUGUGUUGACCGUCGACCCAUCCACAGUUGACUACUUCCAGAUCAGUCAGCAGGAUGGAGUAAUAUCGGCAGCCAGGGACCUCAGAACGGCAACCGUCACGCCAGUGACGCUUAGAGUCAACGUCAGCGACGGUAACCACGUCGUCGGCCCCCUCACCAUCACUGUCAACUUCAUCAACAUGAACAGUCGUCCCGCAGUACUUAACCUCCCUCUCAACGUCACCCUGAAUGAAGACUCACCGGCCGGGACACUGAUAACUACGCUGACCAUAUCUGACCCUGACAUCUUCCAGACAAUAGCACCUGUCUUCAGUGUCAAUCCUGUUUCCGAGGCAUCCAAGUUCAUAUAUAACGCCGGAACCAAUCAAGUCCGGUUAAACACAGUUGCUAACGGUGCAACUCUCCUGGACGCCGAGUCUGUCAGUAGUCUAAAUCUCUCCUUCUCCCUCUUUGACGGCUUUCUCCCCUCCGUCAACGCCUUCGUCUCCCUCACUGUCGCCAAUGUAAACGAACCGCCGUUCUUCAGCAGACCUGUUCAUUCCUGCACGUUGUUUGAAGGCAAUCAAUUUGGCUCCACGUGUGCGCUCGGUCUGACCAUUAGAGAUCCAGAAGGGGACAUCGUUCUGUCCCCAUCACUCAAUUCCGCAAACAACAGCAACUUAUUUUCCCUGGAGAACGACAACCUUAGAAUCAGUAACAACUACGUCGUCGAUGGUGGCGCCUUCCCGUCUUCAGUGACGUUGACAAUAGAGGUAGCGGACGACAAAGGGGCAACAGGUUCUUCUCUCAUCCAGGUGACGAUUGUAGACCAGAACACCCAAACACCAGACUUCGGGGGCAGCGCUACGUCAGUCGUGAUCACUCAGAACGUGUUGACGCCACCCACAACGCUGGCUACGAUUACCGCUACCGACGCCGACUUAACCUCGCCCAACAAUGACGUCACUUUACGCCUCCAAAGUAGCAUCAAUUUGGGAAGCAACGUCAUAUUCACUAAUGACGGCCGGAUAACAUACCUGAACCGCUUCCCGGCUACUAAAGACUGCUCUGAUUGUCGACUGGAAAUUAUAGCGUUCGAUGGAGGAAGUCCAGCCCGUACUGCAACGACAACAUACUAUGUGAGCUUCGUCACCACCACCACAACUCCUGCUACAACCACCACUACAACGACCACGACAACCACAACCACAACAACCACGACAGCUGCUGUAAUUUCUGCUUCUGACGCAUUUUCGACUCCAGCCGGUGCGGCAGUGUUGGGUAUUCUGAUCGCACUGCUGGUCCUUCUGCUGCUGCUGGUGCUAGGCUAUUUCUUGUAUAGGUUCUGUAAGUACGGCACAUGCUGUGGUCCCACGGGACCCAACGGAUCAGGUGCGAUAUGCGGAGGUGGACAAGACGGGGGCAUGUGUGGAAACUGUUGUGGCGGACCGCAGGAUCAACCAAAUCAGGUCCGGCCCAGGCCCGAGGGUCCAGACUACGGCCAACUGCGGACUCCACCCCCUAAUGACGGGUUCCGCAACAACACCUACCAGGCCUCGGGCGACUACAAGGAUGACUUCUGGCAUAACAAUGACGGCUACAUCGACAACCGACCCCGCUCCAUCAAGUCCGUACGCAUUGGCGGCUUCUCUCCACGAGGCAACCAGAGGGCGCUCCCGUCAAAUCGACCAUAUUAGCUCCAGAAUUAGAUCAUAUCUCUUUAAUAUGUAUAUAUUGCUACGUAUCAAUUUUCACUGUUAUUAUUAAGGUUAUUAUGAUACUAUUGUUAUAUUCUUUAGUGACUUUUAUGUUUUUUUCGAUGGGUAUUUAUUCGUCUGCGUCAUACUGGUCUCAGGUAGAAACCAAUCAACAAUAUUAUAGGCUGUAAACCUCUUCUACAGCGAUGGUACUUAUUAUUUAAUAAUUUAAAUAUAUUUAUAUCUUAAUAAUUCACUUUGAUUUAUAUAUCAUUAUAUAUAGCAUUAAAUAAUAUAUCUAUCUACAUCUUCCUAUCUAAACACGAAUUGCAAUUAUUAUAGCUUCAGUGAGAUUAAAGCAUUACAGUGAGUGAGUGAGUGAGUGAGUGAGUGAGUAUGGUUUUACGCCGCUUUAGCAAGAUUCCAGCAAUAUCACGGCGGGGGACACCAGAAAUGGGCUUCACACAUUGUACCCAUGUCGGGAAUCGAACCCGGGUCUUCGGCGUGACGAGCGAACGCUUUAACCACUAGGCUACCCGACCGCCCCUAAAGCAUUACAGAGGCGUUAGUGAUGCAUAGUUGUUAAAACGUUCGUUUUCAUGCAAAAGAUCCGUUUCUAUUCGUAACGAUUGGUAUUGUGUGUGAAACCUUUCUUUGUAUAGCCCACCAUGAUAAUACUGAAAUAAUUCUUGUAGAAGCGUUAAACCACACUCACUCAUUCACUGUCUAGAUUAUCAAAGUUACGUUCACCAUUCCAAGAAUUUCUUGUACGUUUACAAAAGCUGCAGUCUCUAAUGUAACCGGAAGCUACUAAAUGACCACGCGAUAUGUGGUUGUUUACAUCUAAUACACAGGUUUAAGUGUUCAUCGAUCAGUAGUAGUUAGAAAUCAAUAUAUGAUAUGCACGAGACAACAGCUAAACGAUGCUAGCAAAGUGACGAAUAUACAUACACUGGUGUGUAUACAGUUUGAGGUAACACGAUUAAACUAUAGUUUUAGGAGUAAUGUUUCAAUUGCGUCUUCAUACGAGGCAGUAGACUAGUCGCACAGAAUAAAAUAUAUAACGUCCACGCCAGUAAAUAACCAGUCAUACUACAAAAUAGGGGUGACAAUAAUACAAUUAUAUGAAUGGAUCCCUAAAAAUCAGUGAUGACACCGGGUGUUUGAGGAAAGGGUUAGCAUCUUAUGACCUACCAGUAGCACACGCCACAGACAACAAUUUGCACAAAAAGUAAGUGUUUUUCUUGCCUGACUCCUGCCAUACGACAGCGGCCUGAAAACAAGCAAGUUCUAACCUGACAAUCCAAUGAUGGACCAGACAAUCCAGUGACACCAUAGCGCGUUUACUGAUUACUGAUAAAUCACGCUUGGUGUUGACACCAACUCUUACUCCCUCAUCUAGUGCUUUAUCCCAAUUAGUGUUGACACCAACUCUUACUCCCUCAUCUAGUGCUUUAUCCCAAUUAGUGUUGACACCAACUCUUACUCCCUCAUCUAGUGCUUUAUCCCAAUUAGUGUUGACAUCAACAUUCACUCAGUCGAUUAUAUAUCUCUAUGUGGCAUUUUAGAAGUUUGACAAGUUCUAUAUUCUUUCAAUGUGAUUUCUCAAUACGUCGCAUCAAAAGAAUUUAAUCGUUGAAACCAAAGGUCAAUUGAUAAAAUGUUAUUCUGUUGGCAUUAUUACCUAUAUACAACGGGAAGCAUGAUAUUUAUUACAUUUUACACAUUGUGUACAUAUAUUGACUGAGGUCAACUUUUUAAUUGAUUGUAACAUGUAUGAUGAUUUACGUUAUGAUGUAAUGAACGCUAUGUGUGAAUGUAUGCCAGAUUUCUUAAACUUAUCUUCAACCGAGAAAGUAAUUACAUUACUCAGAUGUGAACACGGGUGUUAUACUCUUUGUAGGUUAAUUCAUCAACUGUUCCAAAGGCGCUUGACACUCAUUUAAUUCUGUGUGCGCUUUUCUUCAUGUAUGGUAUUAUGCUCGCGAAUAGUAGUAUUUCUGCUUGUGAUUAAUAUUUAAUAUUAUACUUGUAAUGUUUACGUUGAGUGUCGGUGAGGAUAAAUGCACCUCUGUGUUGGGUGUGGGUAUGUGUGUGUGUGUGUGGGGGGG